GGUAGUCAGUCAGCGGGGGGGGGGUGGACUGUGGCUGAAUGUUCCCUGCUGAGACGGAGCGGCCAGCGGCUCGGCUGAAGUCCGUCCUGGUGGUAAAAAGCUGGAGGCUGAGCAGGAGCGCUGGAGAGCCAGGUGUCGAGGCUGAGCCGUCUGGAGAAGCUCGGCGCCGCUGAAGGUCGGCAAAGGUCCAGAGAUAAAGACCGCCCUCCCACAGCUCUCCACCAGGUUAGAAAGGUCUUUAAAAUCCUGCCUGGUGACCUGGCUGCCGCCGGGCCGUGGCGUUAGCGCCGACGUGGACGACGACCCGGCGGACAGCGGAGGGGAGGGACCGCAGGAGCUCCGGGAGUCCGUGGAGGAUGGUGGGGACAGCAGCACCAGGAAGACGCCGCGUGACGGCGUUAAAGAAGCUAAUAUUCCUGAAGCUACUGUCCCCAACCAGGAGUGACGUGGGGGAGAAGAGGGGGCGGGGCCAGGGCUGGGGAGCGCUCCGCCGGUGCAGCGGCGCCGCCAGCAGCAACCUCGCUACUGGAGCGGUGGUCCUGGCCCUGGUCCUGGUCCCGGUUCUCCCCGCGGCGGUGGCGGUGGCUCCCGGGGUGUCUCCUCACCGCCUCCCUGAUCAGCCUCAGGCGGGCAGCGGAGGCCGCGGUCCGGGGCGAUCGCCGCCGCUCCGGGACCGGCGGGAAGCGGUCCGGCUCCAGGGCCGCGGCGGAGUGAUCCGUCUCCGGGGCCGGGACCACGGCGCAGGGAGCAGUCUCCGGGGCUGCGGUGUGGUCCAGGGCCGUGGCGGAGCGACGACGUGGCCUGGCGGUGUCUGGCGGCGUCUGGCGGCGUCUGGCGGCGUGACUUCCGGGUUGUUGAAGUGGGGAGCGGCGGACCCGCCAGAGGACGCGGGAGCAGCAGAGGCCGCAUCAGGCCGCGGACCCUCACCACCCGCCGGGCUGUCGUCGUGGUGCUGGGUCAGGGCAUGGAAGCGGUUGGAGAGGGGCAGUGGGGGCGACGCCGCGGUGGGCUUAGGCUUGCGGCCCCACACAGGGAGCUGGAGCGCCGCUGUUCAUGAAGGACGAGAUGAGCGUGGAUUGUCCCUCGGCCAGCGUCCGGGCCCGGUCCAGCAGAUCGUCUUUGUCCCUGAGCUCCUCCCACAGCCGGCGAUGUCCUCCCUCAGGUCGGCGACGAUCCCGUCCGCCUUCACGACCAGGGGGUGCAGGCGAGGUCCGCGGUGCAACGCCGCGGCCAUGUUGGGCCGGCGGCACGGCCUCACCGUACCACACCGGUACCACGGGCUGUCAGCAACGAGGGACGUGAAAGACCCCCGGUCGCCAGUUACCAGGGAAACCAGUUCUUCCAGAACACCGGCUCCGCUCCGGUUUAGCGACACUCCUCCUCCGCUAGCUAGCUGCUGCGUUCAGGUGACUGGAGCUGCUGCGGAAAACUGAAACUCGG